AAUUACGUCAGUAGAAGUGGUAAUGGCAAAUUUUCGUCACUGCUGCCUUUUUACCGUUUCGAUCAGAGCGUGAUCGAUCGGAACUUCAGCCGCAUGGCAACUAACCGAACAGAAAUCAGUUUUCAACUACAGAUUAUCACGAGCAAGACGUGUCAUAGAAAAUAGUUUUGGGAUACUUGCAAGUAGAUGGAGAGUUUAUCGCUCUCCUCUGCUAUGCUCCAUAAAAACAACAGAGGCUGUGGUAAAAGCUACAAUAUGCCUACAUAAUUAUUUGAAAACUGAGACACCAACGACAUAUGUACCACCUACAUUAAUAGACUCCUUGAAGGAUGAUGGUGGAACAAAUAGGGAUGGUGAAUGGAGAGAAAUCAUCCAAAAUGACACCAAUUGGCAGAGUGGGAGCAAAUAUAUCAGCCAGUGCAACUAUGGCUUUGAGAGACAAGCUAGCAGAAUAUUUGAUAUCAGAUGCUGGAGCAGUGUCAUGGCAAAUGGCAUAUGUUAACAGAGGAAGAUUUUGA